GUUCAACGCAUCAAAGCUUAUCCAACAAUGAUUGUCCACAGUAACAUUUGUAUUUAGAUACCAAUUGAUAUUAUGUAUCUAAUCGUUGCAUGAUACAUGUACUUGUAGAUACGAAGCGUAACUUGUAUUUCCUAACUCUAUUUGUAAAGUAUUCUAAUUAAUAAAACUUUUAGUUCCUCCGUAGCAUGUUAUUUCGUACAGUGUAACUUUUCUAUAACCGAAGCCUUAACAAUCCUUUAUGUAACUCGAAUGGCUCCAAAUUCUCCGUACUCCAAAACUGAAGAGUGUGCUUAAUCUCUUUGUUUUUGUUGUAUUCCAUGUUUCAAACUUUCGUCAUACUUGGAAACUUCAAAGAUUUUCUUGUCGUAAACUCCUGUUGUUUCAUCCCGAUAAUUUUCCUACGUGUGUGCUACAUAUACUCUUUGAUUUCAUUCCGUUUGCCUGUAAAAUUAAAGUUUCGCAUGUACCGAAUAUUCUAAUUAAACGUGUUUAAAUGGAAUGUACCGCUGUACUGCUUGUAAGCGAACAAGAAUGCAUAAUCUCGUAAAAAUGGAGCAUCCAAGUCGCACGGAACACUGAACAAUCGAAUCCUUACGAUACUUCGGACCAUCCAGAAUGUUAUCAUCGAAUGUAAAUUGACAAAAUACAAUGGAUGAAUCCACGAGCAUGUACAAAUGAAGCGUACACACCUACCCCCAUAGAACAUGUAGCAAAUGUGGCUACUCAUGGGAUUUGGGUGGUGCCAUCCAUCAUGGGUGGUUUAGAGCUCGUCCAACGUUCUACAACUAAGACACAAUUGGUGUCAGCUUGUGUAUAUGGUACAUCUUUGAUUCUUGUUUUCGCAGUGUCCACAUUUUUCCACAGCGUACAUUACUACAAUUACAACAGGCAACUGAAGGACGCCCUGCAUCGCUGUGAUCGCGCUAUGAUUUACGUUUUCAUAGCAGCCAGCUAUUUUCCUUGGUUGAACGUAGACUACUUCCCAGACGAUGAGUUGCUGCACUCUAUGCGCUAUGUUGUCUGGAUCAUGGCGAUAAUGGGAAUACUUUAUCAGCAAGUCUUCCACGAACGAUACAAAAUGCUGGAAACUAUUUUUUAUUUAUUUAUAGGAAUUGGUCCUAGCGUUGCAAUUAUCAAUAAUAAUAGUUAUUACAAUAUUACCGAACUAAAACUGGGAGGAAUUAUUUACGUGUUUGGCCUGGUGUUCUUUAAAUCCGAUGGUCGUAUACCAUGCGCGCAUGCAAUCUGGCAUCUUCUUGUCGCUGCAGCAGCUGGGUUUCACUACUAUGCCAUAUUAACUCAUAUAUUUCCUCCAUCUGGCUCUCCGGACAUUUUUACCCAACACAAACUAUUAAAGUCUCACAUCGAAGAGUUAUGAAAACGCUUGUUUCUCCUACAAAUUAGAAACAUUAGAAGCGACAAGAUCUAAAAUACAAUUCAAGAUUGAUUAGAAAUUAUGUAAACGUGAACGUUACAUAAUUGGAAAGUAAUUGUAUUAAGUACCUGAAGCGUAAUUCAAGUUGCAUCCAUGCAUCAUGGAUGUUUAUCCAAAUGUUACUAUGUAGCUAAAUUGUGAUUAAAUCAAGUGUGAAUUUUUAUAAUUAUAUGAGCAAAUUAUGACAUACAUGAUCUCUGUAACACGAUAAUCAAGUAACAAACAAAGUUGACUGACUGUAUUGGACUUCAAAUAAUAUACGUAUACAUUAUUCUUGUACUUUCAAGCGUACCGUGCCAAAUUAUUGUUUGUAUAUACAAGUAAUACAAUUUCUGAGCUCCAGGAGAAAGGAUGUUAAUUUUCUUGCUAGUUCUUUCGUAACGAGUUUGAUAAUACAUUAGACUGGUCUUUAUUUGAAUGACACACCCUCAGAUAUACCUUGCAGAUACAUACAACGAAAUUCCUGCAAAGUUUGAGCUCUGAAUAUUAAUAUUAACACGUGUUAUAAAUAAGAAAUACACGAAUUAAUGAAAUUAUUUGAAAUUUACCAGAGUUAUUACUUGCAACGAUAGGAAAAAGCCCUAACAAUUUCAAGUUUGUACCUCAAUUAUUUUCUUGUGUAUCGGCCCAGUAAAUAUUAAGCUAUUCUCUUUACUUGAAAUAUUUUUUUAAUACUAUCAUAAAUGUUUAGAAUAUAAAUUUUUCUUCAAGAAGAAUUUUGAUAUACUAACCUCUUGUAUAACCUGAACAAGAACCUUUAUUUUAUGGAACAUUUAAAAUAAUAUUACAAAAAUAUUUCAAGCAGAGAAAAUUUCAUAUUUACUAGGCUGAUAUAUAAGGAAAUAAUUGAGAUAAAAAUUUGAAAUUUGUGAGGCUUCUUCCUAUUACUAGUAAUAACUAAAUUUCAAAUCAUUUCAUCAAUUUUUACCUGAGUUAUGAAAAUAAAAGUAAUGGAUUGAAAACAAUCUAUGUAUUUUCCGUUUACAUUAAAUCAAAUUUUACAGGUAUAUCUUCUUCUGUAUUUGGAAGGUAUUUAGGGGGUGCGUAACAGAUUUUGGAAGUCAUUGAAAUAAGGACCACCCUAUAAUGCAAUGAUAUCCAAAGCUUUUAUUUCUAGCAAUUCCAAAUAGGUUAUUUAUAAUAUACUGGCUUUUGUUUACAACUUCCGCCCGCGCGAAUGAUGUUUGCUUGUUCAAAGUUGCUGGUUCAGCGUUAACGUAGCCUUUAUUUCAAGUAUGAGACGAUACUUGUAAUUUCUAGCGGUGAAAAGUUUCGCCUAAAUCGGUCCAAUGGUCUUUGAGGUUGUUGUGCCUAAUAGACAUAUAGGCAUAGAUACGCAACACCUAAACGGACCACUUUAUAUAAUUGUACCUAUUACGUAUUAAGAAUUCGAUAAUCAUUGUAAAGAAAGUGUACAGAAUAUUGAUACUUUCUUAUUUAUAUUAUAUUUUACAUUGUAACCGAAUAUGAUUUUUAUGUAUAUAAUAUGUGUAUUAUCGAUAGUGCGAAUUAAUAAAAAUAAGUAGCCUCGA